CAUAGAGUAAAGAAGGGACCAGAACAUGCUCUGAAGACGUCUUCAACAAGACCCAGGAAGCUGUGAGCUCAGCCCAAACUCUGAAGCCGGCCCACCAUGGACUCCACUGACAAGAAUGGUGAGAGCGUCUCCUCCGUGUCCAGCAGCCGCCUGCAGAGCCGGAAGCCGCCCAACCUGUCCAUCACCAUCCCACCACCCGAGGCCUCGGCCCCUGGCGAGCAGGCCAGCAUGCUGCCCCAGAGGCCCAGGAACCCGGCCUACAUGAAGAGCGUCAGCCUCCAGGAGCAGCGGGGACGAUGGCAGGAGGGCAGCUCGGAGAAGCGCCCUGGCUUCCGCCGCCAGGCCUCCUUGUCCCAGAGUAUUCGCAAGGGCACCGCCCAGUGGUUCGGGGUCAGCGGCGACUGGGAGGCCAAGCGGCAGCACUGGCAGCGCAGAAGUUUGCAUCACUGCAGCGUGCGCUACGGCCGACUCAAGGCGUCGUGCCAGCGGGACCUGGAGCUCCCCAGCCAGGAGGUGCCUUCCUUCCAGGGCACCGAGUCUCCCAAACCCUGCAAGAUGCCCAAGAUCGUCGACCCACUGGCCCGCGGCCGGGCAUUCCGCCACCCGGAUGAGGUGGACAGGCCCCAUGCCCCACACCCGCCGCUGACCCCGGGGGUCCUGUCCCUCACCUCCUUCACCAGUGUCCGCUCUGGCCAUUCCCACCUGCCCCGCCGCAAGAGGAUGUCCGUGGCCCACAUGAGCUUUCAGGCUGCCGCUGCCCUCCUCAAGGGACGCUCUGUGCUGGAUGCCACGGGACAGCGGUGCCGGGUGGUCAAACGCAGCUUUGCCUACCCCAGCUUCCUGGAGGAGGACGUGGUCGAUGGGGCAGACACAUUUGACUCCUCGUUUUUUAGUAAGGAAGAAAUGAGCUCCAUGCCCGAUGACGUGUUUGAGUCUCCCCCACUCUCUGCCAGCUACUUCCGGGGGAUCCCACGCUCGGCCUCCCCGGUCUCCCCCGAUGGGGUGCAGAUCCCUCUGAAGGAGUACGGCCGACCCCCCGUCGCUGGGACCAGGCGUGGCAAGCGUAUCGCCUCCAAGGUGAAGCACUUCGCCUUCGACCGAAAGAAGCGGCACUACGGCCUGGGCGUGGUAGGCAACUGGCUGAACCGGAGCUACCGCCGCAGCAUCAGCAGCACCGUGCAGCGCCAGCUGGAGAGCUUUGACAGCCACCGGCCCUACUUCACCUACUGGCUGACCUUCGUCCACAUCAUCAUCACGCUGCUGGUGAUUUGCACGUAUGGCAUCGCACCUGUGGGCUUUGCCCAGCACGUCACCACCCAGCUGGUGCUCAGAAACAAAGGUGUGUAUGAGAGCGUGAAGUACAUCCAGCAGGAGAACUUCUGGAUUGGCCCCAGCUCGAUUGAUUUAAUCCAUCUGGGAGCCAAGUUCUCCCCCUGCAUCCGGAAGGACCAGCAGAUUGAGCAGUUGGUGCUUCGAGAGCGAGACCUAGAGCGAGACUCAGGAUGCUGUGUCCAGAACGACCACUCGGGCUGCAUCCAGACCCAGCGGAAGGACUGCUCGGAGACUUUGGCCACUUUUGUCAAGUGGCAGGAUGAUACGGGGCCCCCCAUGGACAAGUCUGAUCUGGGCCAGAAGCGGACAUCAGGAGCGGUGUGUCACCAAGACCCCAGAACCUGUGAGGAGCCAGCCUCGAGCGGUGCCCACAUCUGGCCUGAUGACAUCACCAAGUGGCCAAUCUGCACGGAGCAGGCCAAGAGCAAUCGCACCGGCUUCCUGCACAUGGAUUGCCAGAUCAAGGGCCGGCCGUGCUGCAUCAGCACCAAGGGCAGCUGUGAGAUCACCACCCGGGAAUACUGUGAAUUCAUGCACGGCUAUUUCCACGAAGAGGCAACACUGUGCUCCCAGGUGCACUGCUUGGACAAGGUGUGUGGGCUGCUGCCCUUCCUCAACCCCGAGGUCCCGGAUCAGUUCUACAGGCUCUGGCUGUCUCUGUUCCUCCAUGCUGGCGUGGUGCACUGCCUCGUGUCCGUGGUCUUCCAAAUGACCAUCCUGCGGGACCUGGAGAAGCUGGCCGGCUGGCACCGCAUCGCCAUCAUCUUCAUCCUCAGUGGCAUCACCGGCAACCUCGCCAGUGCCAUCUUCCUCCCGUAUCGGGCGGAGGUGGGCCCUGCAGGCUCGCAGUUCGGCCUCCUCGCCUGCCUGUUCGUGGAGCUCUUCCAGAGCUGGCAGCUGCUGGAGCGGCCCUGGAAGGCCUUCUUGAACCUGUCGGCCAUCGUGCUCUUCCUCUUCAUCUGUGGCCUCCUGCCCUGGAUCGACAACAUCGCCCACAUCUUCGGCUUCCUCAGCGGCCUGCUGCUGGCCUUCGCCUUCCUGCCCUACAUCACCUUCGGCACCAGCGACAAGUACCGCAAGCGGGCCCUCAUCCUGGUGUCACUGCUGGUCUUCGCCGGCCUCUUCGCCUCUCUCGUCAUCUGGCUCUAUGUCUACCCCAUCAACUGGCCCUGGAUCGAGUACCUCACCUGCUUCCCCUUCACCAGCCGCUUCUGCGAGAAGUACGAGCUGGAUCAGGUGCUGCACUGACGCCUGCCCGGCGGGGUUGGGCCCUGCUGCCUGUCUGCAGCACCCCGCCCCCCAGAGACCCG